AGCAAUAAUUGAAGCCACAUCAGUAAACCCAUUAAAGUCGCUUAUCAUAUCGAUGAUGUUACUGUCGCGAAACCCAUCGUCUACCUACUCAAUUUACAAGCCACUCUUGGCUAAGUAACCAAACAAAGCUUUUCGAAUAUCUUACAGUUUGUGCUUUGAAUUACAAAUAGUCGUAUGUGGAAAAUUAGUAUCUCGAUAAGUCCGAUCGAAACGAAAAUAACAGAGUUUGAGUGAUCUCAACAGGCAAUACACAACAGAGAUCCUGUAUUUAGCGCAACAGUGAUAACAAAAUAUCUGAUAAAGUGAUAAGCAAUCAAUGAAUUGUGGAUACGUAGAACACUAGUGACUUUGGACUCCAUAAUAGAAGCAGACAUCCAACUCUGAACUGAAACGAGAAUAAGCAAUACAACGGACAUUUCUAAUUUAUUUGUUUUUGGUGUAUCGAAUUGAAAACAAGUGUUAAAUGUGGUGGUUAUUUCAUGUGUUAUGGCUCAUAAUAGUGAUAGGACUGUUCUUCCUCAUAUUGCGCCGGAUAUAUUACUUUGGCAUGCGAGGAACGGAACAACAGUACGAGACCAGAGAUUCGCAGGAUAUUCGUAGUAACCAGCCGUAUUACAUAUUUACGAUUUAUGAUUCCCAACAAAAUGCCAGAAGUCAGCAAGCAUCGGACCCACGCGCACCCAACAAUCAACCCGUCCCGCCACCACCACAGUACGAUGAUGUGAUAAAAUCGCCGGAACUGUACCAGAAGCCGCCCUCCUACAAUCAAGUACAAUAGUUUAUUACUUAGAUUACAACUAAUCAAAUUGUGAAACUACUGCUAGAUUAAAAUAAUUGUUAACUGUUUCCA